CCCAUCCAAAUGGAAGACGACUGAGAAGACUACUGGGGAGACUACAACGGAGAGUACCAGGACUACAACUACUAUGAAGACCAAGAAGAAGGCAUGGACCAAGAGGAAUAUGAGCAAGAUGGCGAACAAGAUGAAGAGGAGGAAUUUGAUGAGUUUGGAGAAAAUGAAGGUGAUGGUGCAGACCAGGGUUUUGAUGGUGAGUGGGGGGAGGGUAAGGAAUUGGAGGAUUAUGGAGAGUGAGGAGGUGAUCUGGAGGAUCAGGAUUGAGAUUUUGAGGAAGAUUUUGAUGAAGGUGAUGGAGAUGAAGGAGAUGAAGAUGAUGGAGAUGAAGGUGAUGAAGAUGAAGGUGAUGAAGAUGAUGAAGGUUUUGAAGGUGAGGAAGAUUGGGGAAAUAAUUAUGAUUAUGGGGAAAAUCAGUAUUGUGAAUACUGAGUUGAGAAAGAUAAAGUUAUAAAAAAUCUGGAGGAGAAGGUACUUUUUCAUGAUCAAACUUUAACUGACAAAAACAACAGAAUUUUUCGUCUUCAACAUGUUGUUAAAAAUCUGAAUAAUGGAGAGUAUACUCCAAGAUGAAUGCAAGGUAAGGACACUUAUGACCAACUUAAUGAGAAGUUGGAACAAAAACUUGGAAUGAUUACCGCAUUAAAAUGGGAAAUCUCUGUAUUGAAAAAGAAUGAAAGCAAAGCAAACAUUUCUCAGCGUAAAACUAAUAGUUUAUUAAUUAAGGAACGAGAAAAAUCAGAGAGCUAUCGUAAUAAAGUCUCUUUAAUCACUAACAAAUAUCAACUCCGAGAAUCUUCAAAUGAAAAGUCAUUGCGAAAUGCUGAGAAGCAGGUUAAAAAUCUUACACAACUUAAUCAGCAGCUUUCUGAUCAGGUUGAUAAAGUAACAAAGGAGAGCAAGGAGUUUCAGGAAUUAUGACAUGCUAAAACAGUUCUAUUAUCUUCACUUAAAAAGCUUACUCCACCUUCUAAGCCAGUGAUGGCCGAUGGCAAAUAUGAUUAUAAAGGUACUUUUCAAGUAGUUUUACUUUAGAAUUGUUUACACAGAUCAUACUGAGGUUGGACCAAUCCUUGGAAUGUCCAAUUUCUUUAGCCCCGAUUACAUCUCCUGCAAUCUGUCCUUCAGGAAACACUAUUGAUAAGAGUAUCUUCAUUGAGCUUUCACGGGGCAAUAAGUGAGACCCAUUCACGAACAUAGGCCUCCUCGGAGACUUGGUUGUUAACAGAUACAUGACUGAAAUCAUUAGCGUUAUCGAGGAGUUUAAGACCAAAAGUAAUUUUUCAAUAUAAUCCACUCG